GCACAUUUUGUGCAAUUCUGAUGAUAAAAGAGCAAAAAAUUGGAGUUUCACAAACUCAGCUCCCCUGGAAAUCCUCAAACCCUAUAAGCUCAUGGGCCUUAAAUGGAGUUUAAAAAUGGUUUAUGCAAACAAAGCCCAACCCACAUCUCCGCGAACCUUCUUCCUCGACAAGAAAUGAAAACUUCUCCGAUCUAGCAACCUACAUAAAGUAAAAGUGCACACUUUUUUUCUUUUGUUCAUAAUCACCCCCCCCCCCCCAAAAACCCCCGAAGUUUCUGUAUUUUAUCAAUUCCGUUUCUCCUUAAAUCAAAACCAUGGGAGACAGUCAAUAUUCAUUUUCUCUCACAACUUUCAGUCCUUCAGGAAAGCUAGUUCAGAUCGAGCACGCCUUGACGGCAGUAGGAUCGGGUCAAACAUCUCUUGGAAUCAAAGCUGCUAAUGGGGUAGUAAUUGCUACUGAGAAGAAAUUGCCUUCAAUCUUGGUUGACGAAACCUCUGUUCAGAAAAUACAGUGUCUGACACCAAAUAUUGGAGUUGUUUACAGUGGUAUGGGCCCUGAUUUUCGAGUUUUGGUUCGGAAAAGUAGAAAGCAGGCAGAACAGUAUCAUAGAUUGUAUAAGGAACCAAUUCCAGUAACACAACUUGUAAGGGAAACUGCAGCUGUGAUGCAGGAGUUCACUCAGUCUGGUGGUGUAAGGCCUUUUGGUGUAUCUCUACUGGUUGCUGGAUAUGACGACAAUGGUCCACAAUUGUACCAGGUGGAUCCAUCUGGUUCCUAUUUCUCAUGGAAAGCCUCAGCAAUGGGGAAAAAUGUCUCAAAUGCAAAAACAUUUCUUGAGAAAAGAUACACUGAUGAUAUGGAGCUUGAUGAUGCUGUGCAUACUGCUAUUUUGACUCUCAAAGAGGGAUUUGAAGGACAAAUCUCAGGGAAAAACAUUGAAAUUGGGAUUAUUGGAACUGACAAAAAAUUCAGGGUACUAACCCCGGCUGAAAUUGAUGAUUAUUUGGCUGAAGUCGAGUAGCUUAUCUUCUUUCUCGAGACUAUCAAGAAGUGUUCCUUUUUAUGCAACAUUUGUUUUGAGACCGUACAUUUCAGUCAAAAAUGAUUUACUUUACGUUUCUGGUAUACAUGUUUUUAGCUUUGUUGCACCUCAAUUUUAAGGGCAUGCUCACAUGCGCCUGUUGGUUAGGGAAUAUCUUCAGGGUCUCUCUUCUAGAUUUAAA